AUGGGGAGCCGAUCGCAGUCGCCCUCGGGCAAAAGCCCCAUGGAUCUCUCAAUGCCGCGACCCAGCCUGCGGCGCGACUCUUUGCGGAGCAGCGUGAGCGUGGCCACUGGAGUUUCCGACGUCGAAAUGGCUCGGGACGAGGUAUUCGACGGCCCUAUCUCGGAGAGCAUCCCGUCCAGUGUCGUAUCAUUCAUGCAUCGUCGGAACCGCGCAGACUCGAACGUUAGCUUCACAUACUUCCAAGACGAAGAGGAUUUCGCCGAAUACUCCAAUGAAGAUGCUGUCGACGUGAGUAGUGACAUCGAAGAGUCAUACAUGAAUGGUAUCGAGGAGCCGGAUCUUGAGUCGCACCGCGGAUCUUUCAUCUCCAAAAGAUUGUCACGAGACUCAGCCGAGCAUCCUCUUUUGUCGCGGAUUCUCUCCGCGAGCUCAUAUGGACGUGAUCGGCGAUCCGGCAGUCGGCUGAACCAGAAGAUUUAUAUCUCGUCUGAAGACUUGACAACCGUCUUCGCGGGCUUCUCUACCAGCACAACAGGCUUUGUUCUGUACCUCGCUAUAUGCAUACUGACUGGAGGAAUUGGCUAUCUUCUGCUACGUUGGCUCCCACGCUGGCGAGUCAGACUGAUUGGAAAGGCUACUCCCCUGGGAAAAUGCCACUGGAUUGCUAUCGAAGUGAGAAACUAUGGAUCCAUCACUCGAACCCCCGAGGCCGGACUAACUCACACUGAACAGGAUCAAUGGAACCAAUUCACCAUCCACGACGUAGAAAGUCAAUCAUAUGGACGACCGCUCUCCACAGUGUUCAUGGACAAUUCGGGUCAUGUUUAUGACGAGGAUCUUGAUCCAACAAUUGUGUCUUUGCGAUACCUGGAUUACCGCUAUCUCCGCUUCUUCUACCAUCCGAUUGAAGACAAGUUCUCCUUGAUCAAUGGGUGGAAAGAUCACUCUUGGACCAACGCAAAGGCUAUGCGUGGGGGUCUAGAUGCCGAUGAACGUGACAGCCGGGAACAGAUAUUUGGAAAGAACAAUAUAAAUAUCGAGCAGAAAAGCAUCCCCCAGCUUCUUAUGGACGAAGCUUUUCAUCCAUUCUACAUGUUCCAAGUGGCCAGUUUGCUCCUUUGGUCCAUGGACGAAUACUAUUAUUAUGCUGUUUGCAUUUUCCUCAUCUCGGUGUUCAGUAUUGCAACAACUGUAUUGGAAACCAGAUCGACCAUGAAGCGCCUGAGAGAGAUAUCGCUAUUUGAAUGUGAUGUGCGCGUGUUGAGGAACGGAUUUUGGCGAUCGGUCUCUUCCCAGGAUCUUGCACCUGGAGAUGUUUUCGAAUUUUCUGAUCCAUCCCUCAGCCUGGUUCCAUGUGAUUGUAUUCUGUUGUCUGGAGACUGCAUUGUGAACGAAAGCAUGUUGACUGGCGAAUCUGUUCCCGUAUCCAAGAUACCGUUCACCGAUGAAGCCCUUGACUACCUCGAUCUCAGUGCCCCCUCUGUGGAUCCCCAUGUGGCCAAGCACUUCCUGUUUAGUGGAACUAAGAUCAUACGAGCUAGGCGACCCCAGAACGCGCACGAUGAUGAAGCCGUUGCGCUGGCUGUCGUUGCAAGGACUGGAUUUUCAACAACGAAAGGAGCCUUGGUUCGUUCGAUGCUUUUCCCUAAACCUUCAGGCUUCAAAUUCUACCGCGAUUCUUUCCGGUAUAUUGCUGUAAUGGGAAUUGUUGCAUUUCUUGGUUUCAUUGCCUCGUUCAUCAAUUUCGUUCGACUGGGUCUUGCUUGGCACCUCAUCAUCGUCAGAGCGCUUGACUUAAUUACCAUUGUCGUGCCACCGGCGCUCCCUGCGACCCUUACUAUUGGUACUAAUUUCGCGCUGUCCCGGUUGAAGAAGCAAAGUAUCUUUUGUAUCAGCCCUCAAAAGGUCAAUGUCGGAGGAAAGCUUGAUGUGGUUUGUUUUGACAAGACUGGUACGCUCACAGAAGAUGGUCUUGAUGUUCUUGGAGGACGCACUGUCAGCGGGGACCACAGAUUCUCCGAGCUACUGUCUGAAACAUCUGCCGGUCUCUUUAUUCCCUCGCCAACGGCGAAAUCUCCAUUAGACCUCGAAAAGCAACGAAAGAUGAUCUAUACGAUGGCAACAUGUCAUUCACUUCGUGUGGUGGAUGACGAGCUUUUAGGAGAUCCGCUUGAUGUCAAAAUGUUUCAGUUCACCGGCUGGUCUUAUGAAGAAGGAGGCAACAAUUCCUCAGAGCCGGCGGGUUCUCAAUUUGAGACAAUCAGCCCAUCUGUUGCGAGACCUCCUGCCACACAUGUGGGCGAGAGUCAGCACCACGGACCGAACAUUCCCGUCGAGCUUGGAGUUCUGAGAAACUUCGAAUUUGUCUCUCACCUUCGUCGUGCAAGCGUGGUUGUCAGACAGUUUGGUGACAACGGAGCAAGCUUCUUCGUGAAAGGUGCACCAGAGAGCAUUAGGGAUAUCUGUGUGCCCGAAUCUCUCCCGUCCGACUACGAUGAAUUCCUCAGCUACUACACCCAUAAGGGAUACCGAGUGAUUGCAUGUGCUACGAAAUACGAGCGCAAAUUGAGCUGGAUGAAGGUCCAGAAGUUGACCCGGUCCGAUGCUGAAAGCAAUCUUGAGUUUGUGGGCUUCAUUGUCUUUGAGAAUAAGCUAAAACCUACUACAUCUCAAGUGAUUUCGGAGCUGAAUCAAGCUGGGAUUCGCAAUGUCAUGUGCACAGGCGACAAUAUCUUGACGGCGAUCAGUGUGGCUCGGGAAUGCAAGAUGAUCCGUCAUUAUGAAGAGUGUUUCAUUCCGCACUUUGUCGAAGAACCCGGACUUGUGACCAAAACAUCUCUCAUUUGGGAGAGUGUGGAUAACCCGGAUAUUCGACUAGAUCCUAGGACCCUUUUGCCGAUGGAAAACACCACCGAAACCGAUGUGUCUGUGCCAGGGAAUGGCUUGCAGAAUCGCAACUACUGCGUUGCCGUGACAGGCGAUGCAUUCCGGUGGAUGGUUGAUUAUGGGAAUGAGGAUGUCUUGAAAAGAAUUCUGGUAACCGGCAAGGUUUUUGCACGUAUGUCACCAGAUGAAAAACACGAACUUGUUGAGAAACUUCAAUCAAUUGAUUACUGCUGUGGGUUCUGCGGAGACGGCGCCAAUGACUGUGGUGCUUUGAAGGCUGCAGAUGUGGGUAUCUCGCUGUCUGACGCUGAAGCGUCUGUUGCUGCUCCCUUCACCAGCCGGCAAUUUGAUAUAUCAUGUGUACCCAAAUUGAUUCGGGAGGGCCGAGCUGCGUUGGUGACGAGCUUCUGCUGCUUCAAGUUCAUGAGUCUCUAUUCGGCUAUCCAAUUCUCAACCGUCAGCUUCCUCUAUACUUCGGGGUCUAACCUUGGCGACUUCCAGUUCUUGUUCAUUGACCUGGCUCUCAUCAUGCCGAUUGCUGUGUUCAUGGGCUGGACCGGUCCUUAUCCUACGCUCUCUCGGAAGCGACCGACUGCUGAUCUCGUAUCACGAAAGGUCUUGACUCCUUUGCUUGGGCAAAUCUCCCUUGUGGUGUUGUCUCAGCUUGUCAUCUUUGAAACUGUUCAGAAGCAACCGUGGUAUCUGCCUCCCCAUUUAGAUUUGGAGAAGAGCAAUAUCGUGAAUUCGCAGAACACAUCCCUGUUCUUGUUUUCUUGCUUCCAGUACAUUCUGACCAGCAUCGUCCUGAGCGUUGGCCCGCCCUUCCGGCGACCCAUGACGCAGAAUGGUAAGGACUACCCCUCUUCUACUUCGGAGAUAAACAGCACUAAAAUCUUACGCUCAACAGCCCCUUACUUGUGUACAAUUAUCAUUGAUAUCCUGGUCGCCUGUUACAUGCUCUUCCGGCCAUCGAAGUGGGUGGCAGACAUCAUGCAAUUGACUUUUAUGUCCGAUGGUUUCCGCAGCUGGGUGGUGGUGCUUGCGCUCGGCAUGUUCUCAGUGGCCUGGAUGGCGGAAAGCAUCAUUUUUCCCCGCCUCGCUCACAUACUCGGUCAUGUCCGCGCACGUCUGCAGCCUACCUUCCGAAAGAAACGCCGCCAGUACAAGGUUCUCAUGGAGGAGAUGCGGCUGUAG